UCAACUCUUUUCUUCUCCGCCGAUGCUGCCAGACCUGCUGAGUUUUUCCAGGAAUGAAUCAAGUGGAGCUGUGGUGGGGCAUUCUCUCCGUUCUUCCAUUUGGGAUCCUUGUAAUGCUCUGUACCAGGUGUAGGCUAUUUGGAAAUCGCAUUUCUAGAUUUGCAUAGCACCAACUUCAAUGAGAUGAGACAGACUGUCCACAGUAAACUGGCUAUAAUCAGAGAAGAGACCAGGAGAAAAGGCCAGAGUGUUCACAUGAAUGAAGACAAGAAGCGAUUUGAAGUAGUGAGAUCAUAUACAGUGUCUCGACCAGAACCAACACCAACACCGGAUUCAAAGACUGAGAAUUUGGCUGCCUCAAAUGAUUUAAUUUCACACGUUCACCAAGCUGGAAACACACCUGGCUACGGCAACAUAAGUAUUGCAAACAAUCAUGAACAAGACCAGAAUUACAUAAAUCCCUUAGCAGCAGAAUAUUAUUGCUUCCCUGAGGAAUUUCUCAAACCUCCCAAUGACGAUUCAAAUUCGUAUGAAAAUGUGGAGAUCGGUAAAACGGCGAGUCAGACAUCUGUGGAGUCAGGCGGAAGUUACGAGAACUGCGAAUAUGCCGUAAAGUGGAAGCACCUGGAGGAGCCAGAGGAAAAGAGAGUUGGGAAUAAUGAUGAUGAUGACGAUGAUCCAGAUUAUGUCAACACUGUUCCCUGUCCAUCCCUGUAAAGUUCUUUGGAAUGAAAAUUUUUGGAUAUUGGACCACACUGAAUUGCAAUCCUAGAUAUACCAUAAAACCUGGUUCAGCAUCUGUUGACAAUGACCAGCUGGACCAGUUUCAGCUUGUGUGGUACUUCAUGGCAACAGCCUAUCAAAUGAUAUUAUUAAAUACAAAUAUAUUUCCACAAAAUUGGUAUCUACAUCAAGGGUAAUCAAAACACAAUAUUGCAGUCUACCAUAAUACGUGUUAGGAUGUAGGUUUGAAACAUAUUCAAUGAAUUUCACUCUGUAACAGGAAAGUGAUGUCAGAUUUACACCCCUAGUGGAGGCAGAAUCCUCAUCUCUUAUGUUCCUGCAGCCGAUUUUAGCAUAACACAAAGUUUACUUGCUCACUUGACCAAGAAAUAGUGUGGGUCACAGUGGAACUUGAGGGAGAAAACAAAAUUAAAAAGGUAAAUAAUUAGUGAAUAAUUCAACCAGCCAUUCUUUAAAUUUAAUUUGAACUUUAAGAUUUGAUGGAGAAAAAAACCUAAGGGGAAAGUUGUUUGUUUAAACUCAAUAUAACCCUGCAACCCUUUUGGUUAGGCUGUCAUUCAUUUCCCACCAUUGGCCACCAUGUUUUCCAUAUAGCCAGAUAUCCAAACAUAGAAUCUGGAUUCUAUGUGCUCAAGUGGGUGGCUCUUAGGAGUCCCAGGAUAUCUGUGACUUGUAGCCACCCUGUAACAGGCAGCAGAACAGUGGGCAUUGGGUCUCAGUGAUGAGGAUUUUCUGACUGCCAAAGGAAAUCAGCAGCCACAAAUUCCAAGUAAAUUUCAACAUGUGAGCUUUUUAAAUUGUCUUCAGGAACCCUGCAGUCUGCAGGGUUAUGUGCAGGCCACAGCUCUAGAGAUUCUGGGACAUAUUUAGACCAGGAAAUGAGAUGGCAGGGGGGGGCCAGGAGCAUCUUCUCCUACCUCAUUUGAAUGCCUUGAGGACAUGUUCUUCCCCCUCUCCCAAAAAAAUGACCAGCAAUUACACAUAAAAUUUACAACAGAAAGGGACCCUUUGGUCCACCUGGUCUCUGACUGUGUUUAUGCUCCAUAGAAGUCUCCACCUAGCCUACCUUAUUUUUUAUUAAUUUCUUCCUCAUGUAUAUCUAAUUUCCCUUCAAUUGUAGCUAUGCUAUUCACCUCGACCACACGAUAUGGGAGUAGGUUCUGCAUUCCCACCAUACUCUGAAUAAGAACAUAAGAAAUAGGAGUAGGCCAUUCGGCCCCUUCAAUAAGAUCAUGGCUGAUCUACCCCAGGCCCCAACUCCUCUUUCAUGCCAGUUCCUUGUGGCCCCCAACACCCCAAUAAUUCAAAAAUCUAUCUACCUCCUUUUUAAAUACCUUGUGAUCUAGCCUCCACAACUCCCUGGGUUUGAGAAUUCCAGACAUUCACUACCCUCAGAGAAGAAAUUCCUUUGCAUCUCAGUUUUAAAUGAGUGUCCCCUUAUUCUGUAACUAUGUCCCCUAGUUUGAGAUACCUCCACCAAUGGAAACAUCUCAACAUCUACCCUGUCAAGCCCCCUCAGAAUCUUGUACAUUUCAGUAAGAUCACCCCUCAUUCUUCUAAACUCUAAUGAAUAAAGGCCUAACCUGUUUAGCCGUUCUUGAUAAGUCAACCCCUUCAUCAUAGGAAUAGGGAAUGGAUAAGUUUCUCCUGAGUUCUUUAUUUGACUUACCAGUGAUUUCUUAUAUUUUUGCCCCCUAUUUCUGAAACAACGCAGAAACAACAGAGCCCCAUUUUCCUGACCUUUCCUCCCAGGGCAAGGGUUGGGAAAUCAAUCCUUCAGUGCUAUUAUCUCAUGCAAUAAGUUAGCUAUUCCAGAUGCUUUUGCACAGUCCUAAUAAUAUGCAAGGGUCAGUCAAAGCUAAAGAGGUUGUAAUUGGCACUGGAUACUAAUUCGAUAAGAAAUGCUACCAUUUAAAAUAAGGUUGAAAAAUAAGAACUAUUGAGAACAGAAUUGAUCAGACCUUUGAAAAAAAAAAAAUGUGAAAAUCCAAGUUGUGAAUGCCGCUUUGCUGAUGGGAAUAUUCCCUAAGGUGGCUCUAGUUUCAGGUGGUUUUAUCACUUCCUUAAAAGGGAAGGAAAGUCUAUGUACAGUGCCUUGUUUUUAUUUCACUUCAGUGACAAUGAAUACACUGGAGAUAGUAAAAAUGCCAUUAAUUUUAAUGUGAACAUUUUUUCUGCAAGAUUUGUAAUUUAUGAAUUGCUUUGUUAAAUCUAUUGAAAGUACAACAGUUUAAAAUGUUAUUCUGCACAGUUCUUUUACAAACAUUUCAAUAAAAGGCCCAAUUAAAA